AUGAUAGAUAGCCAACUCGAACAAUCUCCAGUCCAAUCGACUUCUUCCCCUGAGGUCGUCCCAACGUUCUGUACUAGUGAUAUGGGUAUUUCGUUACUAGAUGUGGAAGGGGGGCUCGACGAUUCCUUUUUCGAUGAACUAAUGAGUGGUUCAGCAAAGGAAGAUGGAGACAUCGAGGAUUCGUAUGUGAAUGAAACAGGGCAACAGAAAACGCUUCAGCAAAAUAUGGAAAAAGAAGUCGAUCAUACUUUUUUCGAUGAUCUUACAAGUAGCACAACAGGAAGAGAUAAUAAUAUCGAGACUUCAUGUGUAUACAUGAAACAGAGCAACCAAAAACUAUCCAACAAAACACAGAAAGAGAACUCGACCAUACUUUUUUCGAAGACGUGA